AUGAACCCUAGACGUUGGUGGGAAGAGUUGGUGUAUGAUACAUUCGUGUUUUCAGGCGUGCCAAGGACAGUUCUGGAUCCCAAGUUUGAUAAGUUGUUCGACUCCCUAUACAUGCGGUUUACUUCGGAUCAAGGAUACACUGCAUUUCCUGAUACAAUCGACUGCUUAAGAAUGCUUAAAAGACACAAGAUAUACACCGGUGUGAUUAGCAAUUCUGAUGAACGAUUGACCGAUGUCCUGAAAAGUCUCAAGUUGACGGACCAUUUGGAUUUCGUGUUGCCGAGUUAUCGUGCAGGUUUCGAAAAGCCGUCCAAGGAAAUCUAUGAUCAAGCACUUAGACUGGUCAAGCCAGCCGUAGCGCCCGACGAAGCAUUACAUGUUGGCGAUGACAUCAAUACUGAUUAUCGAGGUAUUAUACCAGUAUCUUCCCCCGCAUAG